AUGGCUCCCCCGUUGCGCCUCGGCCGGAAGCUUGGCGACUUCAAGGCAAGGCUGCAAACCAACAACCUCUGGAGACACAUUGUGAGAUACACCGUGGCUAUGAACCUCACUCUCAUCAUCUCGGUCAUACCAGCCUCCAAAGCAGUCAUUGGGCCUUACUCCUUUCUUGGACCAUUGACUGCUGUGUUCGGCCAUUGCGGCCAGCGCGUCGGGUUGAUGGUAGAGUCGCUCGGUAUGGUCGUCAUUGGAUCCCUCCUGGGAGUCGCCUGGUCGAGUUUGGGCUUAUAUCUUGCGAGCCUGGUCUGGGACCGUAACAUGGUCGCGUCUCACACCAUCAGAGCCAUCUUCCUCGUGGUUGUGGCCAUCUUCCAUGGCUUCUUCCGGUCUCACACCCCGCGUGUGUUCAAUUUUGUCUUGUUCUACUCUUUUGUAUCGACAAUCAUGCUGGCAGGGACUGAGAACUCUGUGUCUCGGGAGUUUGUGGCCAACAUGGUCUACCCUAUCCUCUGUGCCGCAGGCAUUGUUGUCGUCGUUAAUGUGUCAGUCUUUCCCGAGUUCUCGAGCAACUCACUCGUCACUACGACUAUGGCAACAUUGACUCAGACCACCAACACCCUGAGAGACGCGACACAGUGGUUUGUUUCCCCUGUCGCUUCUCCGAGACCGGAACGGACUCAAUCACAGACACCCUUCCGUCAUGUCCGCUCGGCUUACCAUCGGAGAUCACAGAGCAUGAUCAGCAACCCUUUCCAAGAUCUCCCGGCUCAUGGUACACGUGGAGAUCCUAAUAUGGAACGACUGACCUCCCUGUCAGAAGAGAAGACCAAGCUGCGAGCCAAGUUGAACACCUGCAGAUCAGUCCAGCAGGAGUGUACCUUUGAAAUCACAUUUUCCGUGUUGCCUCCUCGAUGCCUGAAACCAUUCAACGCAUUGGCUAUGUCGGCUCUUGUACAGAGCACAAUUUCUCUGAUCGGGGCCUGCGAGAGCAAGUUUGCCAUGAUGGGUAAUCACCCAGCUGUAGACGGGUCGAAUCAAUCACUCAAUGAGGCUCAGAGGGAGGCCCAGAGAGCGAGGCCUUCAACUAAGGAAAGCAGAAUCCCGGACUCACCCAACCCGAUCUCGAGUAAAAACUCGAGCCUGGACAUCGCGAUUGAAGACAAGGUGAAGCUUGUAAAGCCGCACCGAGAGAUCAAGAACGGCGACGUGGAGGUUCUCGAGUUUAUUCUGUCACAUCUCAGCCAACCUAUCAAGGAGUUCCAAAGAGAAUUGGAUCACGUCUUCGAAGCUCUCCUCGCAUGCCUUGCGUACUGUUUUGAUGCACCGCGUCUACCAUCGGGAGCCUUCACCCCGCGCGGCAUCCAGAUAGAAGAACUCGAUAUACGAUCCGCAAAUUUCGCUACUGCUCUUGAGCAGUUUGAAGUGGCAUCUGCAUCAGCUCUCGAAACAGUUGCUAUGGCGGACAGCUGGGAAGGUUCACAGGUCGACAUCAUGCCGCGAGUUGAGGUCUUCCUUGUUUCCUCCUUCGUUCUGGGCUUGAGACAGAUUGGCGAACAAAGUCAGCAAAUGCUCAAGCACGCUAGAACCUUGGUCGAGAAACGCCAGGCACGUCACGGCCGGAGAAAGCUGCAUUUUCCUCGGAAAUUCCAUUGGCGUCAGUGGUUAUUCUCAGGUGGAGAACAAGACGUCGUAAUUCUCAAAGAAAACGCUCGGAAACAAGCUCGGUCCGGCCAAGAUCUCGUCACUGCUCUCGAUGAUGACGACGAUGAGACCGACCACCCGACACAGGAAGACAACCCCUCUAUGCGAAGGCGCGACCAAGAGAGCGCAAAUCCCCGGCCAGAAGCUGCCGCUCAUGCAAGUGAACCAACCUUUGCGGCGAUAGCUGCCAAGAAAUCAGGCGCGAAGCCCGGUACCAGUAAUACUCGGAAACUUCGUGUAAGAGCAGCCGACUGGAUCGAGAGUAUGGCCCAGUCGGAUGAUAUACCUUAUGCCCUGAAGCUUGGAGUUGCCAUUAUGCUAGUGACCUGGCCCUCGUUCGUUACAUCCACGAGAUCGUGGUACAAUACUGUUCACGGGGUUUGGGCGCCCCUGCAACUGGUACUCGUUUUCGAGGUUUCAAUCGGCACUUCACUAUGGGUUUUCGGGGUCAGGGCAGCCGGAGUCGUCUUUGGAUGUGUUAUGGGCCUCCUAUCAUACCUUGUUGGACGAGGUAAUCUCCCAGCUCUGGUGGUAUUUUUGCAGCUCGGUAUCAUUCCCUCUGCAUAUGUGCAGCUUGGAACGCCUUAUGUGAAGGCGGGCAUGAUUUCUGUGGUAUCUAUGACUGUGGUUUCUUUAUCCACUGUCGACCAAACUGGUCCCGCCUGGGAGAAUUUUGUCAAGCGUCUAUGUGCUUUCCUGGUCGGUGGCGCAGCAGCGUUGCUCGUUCAAGUGAUCAUCUAUCCCGUGCGGGCGAGAGAACGACUUAUUGAGUCUAUAUCGUCCUGUCUCGACCAGGUGACCAAGAUGCAAGCAGCAGUGGCCGUAGGCAUCGACAAUCCGACCAAGGUUGUUUUCCGAUCCAACCAGCUUCAUGCAAGAUUCAGCAGGGCCAAAAACAAAGCGACCGCAGCACUCGGCGCCGCAGACACCUUCCUCCCCUUCUGCCUCACAGAACCUAGACUGAAAGGGAAUUUCGACGAUCUCCAUCCCAUCUACAAGGAGAUAAUCUACGUUCUGUACCAAAUCAUUGAUCGCAUGGACAAUGUCGUGCAGCUGCGCAGAGCAUACGGCAGCUCUGUCUUGGAAAAAUUGAACGAGCAGGUCUACGGCCACCGCCGCAACGUAGCGGCCAGCGUCACCCUCGCCCUGUUCGCGGUCAACGAGGCCCUGGUCACGAAGCUGCCGCUCCCGCAGUUCCUCCCUUCAAGCCGCCUUGCUCAAGUCCGGCUCAUCCACCGGGUAAGGGAGCUCGUCGCGGGGGAGCCUCUCGCCACGGACCAGCUGCGGCGGACGAGCAUAUUGGGCAUGACGCCGCCGUCGCCACCCGUCCAGCCCGUGCCGCUGACGGAGAGAGCGGUCCGCAGCAUCACGGAGGAGAACUUUCUGUCGUGGAGCGCGGCGGCCGCGGGCCAGAUGGAGAUCAUCGAGUACCUCGAGGAGCUGGUCGACCUCGCCAAGCUGCUCGUCGGCGUGUCGGCGUUCCGGGCCGGCCUGCUCGAGCAGCCCAACUACCGGCACUACGUGGGCCGCAUCAAGAAGCGCGAGGCGCACCUGGAGCAGUUCAACCGCUUCGCCGCGAGAGCAGCAGCGAGGGGCAGACGCGGCCGCCGUAGGGACGACGACAACUUUGCUGUGGAGGAUGAUGAUGAUGACGACAACGACGACGGAGAUAGCGACGGCCGGGGCCCGGACGACGAUGUCUAUCUGCGCAAGUGCGAGACUUUUGACCCCACGGGCGGGAUGGGGGGUUCUUUCCCUGCCUCGACUGGGCUGAGCCAGCGCAGGUUCUCAUCGAGUGCGCUGCCGUCGAGUCUGUUCAGGGUGGGCACUAGGUUGAGACAGGGAAAUAGCAUUGAAGAGGGCAUGUCGGCUGCCGAAGAGCGGAGGCAGGCCCUUGGGCGUCAUGGCAGGGGCAAGGGCAAGGGCAAGGGCAAGGCCAACUGA